CCCGAGAGGUGGGGCUAAGGUGGCAGCAUGAGGCUGUCGCUCGCAGCUGCUGUCUCCCACGGCCGCGUCUACCGCCGCUUAGGCCUCGGCCCCGAGUCUCGCAUCCACCUGCUGCGGAACCUGCUCACGGGCCUGGUGCGCCACGAACGCAUCGAGGCAUCAUGGGCACGCGUGGACGAGAUGAGGGGUUACGCGGAGAAGCUCAUCGACUAUGCGAAGCUAGGAGACACCAACGAGCGAGCCAUGCGCAUGGCUGACUUCUGGCUCACCGAAAAGGACUUGAUCCCAAAGCUGUUUAAAGUACUAGCGCCUCGGUUCCAAGGUCAGAAUGGGAGCUACACCAGAAUGCUGCAGAUCCCAAAUCGGAAGGAGCAAGAUCGGGCCAAGAUGGCAGUGAUCGAAUAUAAAGGGAACUGCCUCCCACCCCUGCCUGUGCGUCAGAGAGACAGCAACCUUACUCUCCUAAACCAGCUGCUACUGGGACUGCAGCAGGACCUGCGCCAUAACCGGGAAGCAAGCCUCCACAGCUCCCACACAGUUCAAACACCAAAGACUUAACCGGGGCUGGAGAGUGCCCACCUCUCAUAAGUGUGCACAGACCAUGGAGCUCUUGCAAUGUGUGAGAACUGGAAGUAGCUUUGUCAAGUGGAACGGCUGUAUGGGGCCCAGACCUUGCUGGUUCAUCGUCCUCUCUGCACAGUAGAUAAAUUUUUGAUGUGAAAAUAUGAAAUUGAUUUUCUUUUCUUCUCCUAGGAUUUCUGGAAAGUGAGAGGCAUCCAGAUGCUCAACCACCUAAGAUAGUAAAUUUACAGUUUGUGUUUCUGAA